UCUCUCAGGAAACAAUGGCUCAGCAACUUUGGCUCUCUCUUGUGGCUCCUUAAAAGCCUGAUUGGGCUCACCAACGAUUCUGGGAGAACUGCUCAGCAGUAGUGAGGUUGUGCCCUGGAAAGGCUCUUCCCAGAGACCAUGGCACAGAAAGUGGCUAUCAUUGGGGCAGGGGUAAGUGGACUGGCCUCCAUUAAAUGCUGCCUGGAUGAAGGGCUGGAGCCCACCUGUUUUGAGAGGAGCGAUGACAUCGGGGGACUUUGGCGAUUCAGGGAAAUUCCAGAAGAAGGAAGGUCUAUCGUAUACAAAUCUGUAAUAACCAACACAUCAAAGGAAAUGAGCUCCUUCAGUGACUUCCCAUUCCCAGAGGUUUGCCCCAACUUCUUACAUCACUCAGUGCUCCUGGAGUACCUCAGAAUGUACGCUGGACACUUCCAGCUUCUGGACUACAUACACUUGAAGACUACAGUAUGCAGUGUCCAAAAACAUCCAGAUUUCACAGCUACAGGACAGUGGGUGGUUUAUACCGAGAAGGAUGGACAGCGAGAAUCAGCCAUCUUUGAUGCCAUUAUGGUAUGCAGUGGCCAUUAUGCAGAGAGGAAUCUUCCACUGGAUUCUUUUCCUGGCAUAAAGAAAUUUAAGGGCCGCUACUUGCACAGCUGGGAGUACAAAGAUCCAAGAGGGUUGGAAGGGAAAAGGGUCCUUGUACUUGGUGCUGGGGAUUCUGGAGGGGACAUUGCUGCAGAAGUCAGCCGCACCGCUGCUAAGGUCUUUCUCAGCACCAGAAGUGGAACGUGGGUGUUAAGCCGCAUUUCAAAUGCUGGUUGGCCUUUAGACAUGGUCUUCAACAAACGCUUUAUGAAUUCCAUUCAAAAGCUUCUUCCAGCAGGCACCAUAAAGAAGAUGCAGACAGUGGUAUUCAGUCGGUGGUUUAACCAUGAGAACUAUGGCUUGAUUCCCCUUGAAAGUUCAUGGACACCUUUAAUUAUGAAUGAUGAGCUGCCCAGCUGCAUCCUUUGUGGCGCUGUGGUGGUAAAGACAAAUGUGAAGGAGUUCACUGAUACCUCCGCUAUCUUUGAAGAUGGAACUGUAGAAAAGGACAUAGAUGUGGUCAUCUUUGCAACAGGCUAUACCACAUCCUUCCCCUUUCUGGAGGAAUCUCUUCACAGUGCUUGCAAAAGCAAUGUUUCCCUUUAUAAAAAGAUUUUUCCUCCUCAUCUGGAGAAGCAGACGUUGGCAAUCAUCGGCUUCGUAGCAGUAAUUGGAUCCCUCAUGCCAGUAGUGGAACUUCAGGCCCGCUGGGUCACGAGAGUAUUUAAUGGAUCAUGUAAGCUUCCUACAAUGAGCCAAAUGAUGACUGAAGUUGCUAAACACAAGGAGGAUCUCCAAAAACGAAGCAUUCCCAGCCACAAGGACAAAGAGCGGAUAUACUUUAUCGAGUACAUGGAUGAAAUUGCCACCUGCAUAGGUGUCAAGCCCAGUCUGCCGCUGCUCUUCCUAACAGAUCCUAAGCUUGGCCUUGAAGUUUUCUUUGGCCCCUGCACUUCUUAUCAGUUCCGCCUGACUGGACCAGGCAAGUGGGAGAAAGCCCGAAGUACAAUCCUGACCCAGUGGGACCGAGCUCUGAAACCUCUGAAGACUCGAGUCGUAGAUGUCUCUCCCAAACGCACCUCUGUUUCCUGCUGGGUUAUAGUUUUUUGCAUAUCUGCAUUCCUUGGUUUCACUUGGCUGGUUUUUAAGUACUCAUCUCCUUCAUGGUUAUCCUGAUAAAGUGAAGGGGCAAUGCCCUUUCUAGUUUGGAUUUAUUGCACACUUUAGUAUUUUAAUUAUGCACAGCCAUGGGGCCCUUUGGGUGUUGCCACAAUUAAUUCUUCUCAGAAGGUUAAAGUGCCCCAGGUUCCUUUCAGGACUUCAGUGAGAUGGUCAGUCGUGCAUACCACUGGUUAGAGAUUACUAUUCCAACUAGCUUAUUAAGCACAAUAGUACACUGUACUUACCAGCAACAGCAAAUCAACAAGCAAAAGCUGCCUUCAUGUUAUGUCACCCACAGGAAUCAAGGACACCAACAAAAAGUAAUGUAAGACAGAGCCCCCCUGUAUGCUUCAAAGGUGCAGAACAUGUCUUGUCUUUUCAGAUAUAACAAGAAGGAAGCAGACAGCCUUGGAUCGUGCCCACCUCUACUUCUGACAUGAGGAGUAGAUGCAAUCACAAAAUGGCUGCCACUGGAGGCAGAGCCAACCACACAAUGUCAGCUACUGAGGUCAUGCAUAACUCUAACAGAUGCUCUGUUUAACAGGAUGCCUUUUAAAAUGAAUAUAUUGUUUAAAUAUAUUUUCUAGCAUAUAUACAACUAACCUUCAGUCACAUGGUGCAGAUCUUUAUGCGGUGGCCUCAUCUGCUGCCAAGGAAGCAUUUUUUUAAAACCUGCACAGCCAAUCUAAUCUCUUUCUCCAAUGACCAAGAAGAGCUGAAGAGCUCCUGUCAGACUUGUGCAUAACCUCACUCCUUGACAUUUUGUGUUUUUCUCUGUAUCCUGUGACAGCCAUCUUGUGGGUUCACCCACCACCUUCUGACAGAAUUCCAAAUGUGCCACCAGAGGAUGAGGGGAUGUUGGAAUUAGCUUCCUCAGUCCUCUGGGACUGAGGCUGAGGAAGACAGAGUACUGAGGCUGUCCUGCCUGGAAAAUUAUGAGUUGCAUAAUAAGUCAAAAAGAUAAGACAAUAGGUUUCUAUGAGACAGAAGGGAAAACUGAUAUGAUAAUGUGUGGUGGGAGGGGAAGGUACCCACUAGGGGUGUGCAAAGGCACACUGUUUCGUUAUUCUUGUUUCGGGUUUCCUGAAACAAGAAUCUGUUUCGGAUACAGGCUUUCGGCUUUCUUUCGGCUUUUUCGGCUUUCUUUCGGCUUUUUCAAUGGGAAAAUGCCUCCGUCUUCCGGACGCCUGGGGGAGGCAUUUUCCCACCAAAUCAUCCCAAAGUUGGUGGGGACCUUCCUCUAACCCCUCUCUAACAACCCCCCAAGUUUCAGACCGAUUGGACUUUGGGGAGCCAUGUUAUGGCCCCCCAAACCAGGUCACCCUAUCCUCUCAUUAAGAAAAGGAAGGUGAGCAUAUUGUUAGCUGGCUGCUGCUCAUCUUCUUCUUCAUUAUUUCCUAUGGGGGGAAAAUGAAGAGGCAGGCUUCCUUUUCCAGGGGUGGCAUUUUGAAUGCAAAAUGCCCCCCCAACCCUCUGGGGCCCUUCUCCCACCCUUCCUCCCACCCCCCACCAAGGCUCAGACUGCUCCCACUUGGGGGGGCAUUUCAUGGGCUCCCCAAGUAGGUGCUCUGUUCUCUACUGCUUACAGCUGGGGGAGGCUUCCUUUGCCAGGGGUGGCAUUUUGCAUGCAAAAUGCCACCCCUAGCCUCAGGGUCCCUUCUUCCACCCUUACUCCCACCCCACACCAAGGCUCAGACUGCUCCCCCUUGGGGGGGCCAUUUCAUGGCCUCCCCAAGUAGGUGCUCUCAGCCCCCAAAGUCCACCCCCUACUGCCCCAUACAAACCCAAUUCCCCCCAUCUGCCAAACACAGACCCAAAUCCCCCCAGUAGCCCCUCACAGACCCAAAUCCACUCCCAGCUGCCCCACACCCACCAUAACCCCAGGAACAGGCUGGCCAGCCCUCCCCCUUUUGGAACUCCUAAACUCUCUUUCCCAGGGCAAUUCCGCACAGCCCAGGGGUCCCACAAUGGUGGGCACACUCCUGAAUGCCAACUUAUCCCUGGGAAAGAGCACCUGACACACAACCACCCCCUGACACCCCCCCACCUACAUAGAAGGCUGGCCUGCCUGCCCCAUUGUUCCCAAUGCUGGGAACCAACCUCACAUCAAAGAAGGGAACACACACACAAUGAUUCAAGUUUGAAAAAAAAUUAUUUUAUCACUUUCAAAGUACAAUAGGUCAAAAAAUCACAACAAAUCACACAAAUUGUCCCCCACACAAAAGGACUACACAAUUCACUACACAUCAGAGAAUCUUAAAAAAAUUUUUUUUAACAAACUCUCAAAUUUUUGAACUGAAUUGGGUUAUACAGUAGGAGUGCACAACAGGGCAUGAAAACAGGAUUCCCCUAGACAAAAUUAACACAACAAACUUCAAAUCACAGAUUAAACAAAACCAUAACAAGAGCUUUCAAAAACACUUUAUUCCAUGAACUGCUUAAAUUUACACAGCAGCAGGGCACAAAAGGGCAUGGAAACAGCAUGCUUGCAGUGAUUCACACUACACAAACAUAACACACAACUCAAUUAAUAUUAGACAAUCAGCAAAACUUGUAACCAGCAUUACAAGAUGUGGGUUGCACAGCGGGGGCGCAAAAUGGGUCAAAAACACUUUCUGUCUUGGACAGAUGUAGGCAACAUGGCAGCAGGGCACACCCACAGGCAGGACAGCAUUGUCUCAGACUCUGAGUCGGAAAAUAACACAACUAUCAUGAAAUAAAAUACUAAUUUGCUCAUCCCCUUGACACCUCCUCCAUAACAACAAAACACAACACAAAAAAGUUUUUUGAAGCGUGCUUGUGAGUGCCAGGCCAGCCAGCAAACAGGCACCAAAGCCAGAGCAGCAGGCCUAUGUGUGGGCCAGAGGCUGGCACACUUGUUCAGGAGCCUGGUGGGAAGCCUUGGAAGCAGGGGACCAAACACAGAAAAACAACCCCCCUAGUCUCAGGGGCCCUUCUCCCACCUCUACUCCCACCCCUCACCUCAUGCAUUCCUUAUUAACAAUGAUGAAUUCUGGAGUUUACUAUCACGUGCAUGUCAGUCCCUCAAAGACUGAAGCACUAUGGAGUGAACCAUUCACACUUUGAAUUCUACUGAUCCUCAGACACAAUUAGGGAUCCAUUUCCCCUAGUGGGGGAUCCCCCACUCCCACCUUUUGCCCCCUGUCACUGCUUACCUGGCUGGAAGGGGGAAAGUCAGGGAAUGAGCCUUCGGGGUACGCUCCUGGGGCUGCUGCAGUAAUGUCACUGAUGUCAUCUGGCUGCCCUGAGAGUAUUCCUGUGCUUUGCAGUGGGCUGAUUUGGGCCCUAAACAGGCCGAAGCAGGAUCAUUUGUGGCCCAAAUCAGCCUGCUGUGAAGUAUGUGUGCUCCCCAGCCUUGUGUGAUGAUGACAUCACUUCCUAGAAGAGACAUCAUCAUGCCAGUGCAGUGCCAUGAAAUGAUCAUGCAUGUGUGAACAGACCCUAAGUAUCCUCUAGGCUUCAGUGAUGGUGUAGUAAUGUUAACAAUGUUUUCACACACAUUAUAGAGAGAGAGAGACAGAGAAGGAGGGAGGCACUGAACCUAGAUUAUUUCAUCUAUUUUGCUGUACCCUUCCAAAGCCAGGGUAGCAUUGGAACAAUGCCCCCCCCCCUCGGCCUGAGCCUUAGAACCAGUUUGCAGUGACUGGCCCAUGCAUCAUACUCAUUUUUGAGCCACAGCCAAGUUGUGUGCCUUUUGGAGAAGAAUGGUUAAGUUGGUGGUGGGGUAUAACCAAUUUUAAGAUAUCCAGUGUAGUGUAAUGGCUAGAGUGUUGGACUAGAAUCUGGGAGACUCUGAUCCUGUGCCUUGGAGGCUUGAUGGAUGUUCUUGGCUCAGCCAAUGUAACGCAUAGAGUUGUUUUUUUCAGAGGCAGUCUUAGUGAUUCUGGGGCCCUGGACAAAUGUUCAGGACGGGGCCCCAGAAUCAGUGCUGCCCCACCACUAGCUCCUUGCCAAGGCCAACCAAUGGGUGGCCCUUGCCCUAUGUGGAGUGGGCAGGAGCUCCUGCUGCUGCCAUUUUCCAUUUUGUUACCUAGGCCCCAGAUAGAGUAGGCUGGAGUGUGUUGUCUCCCUCCCCUCCCCUCCACCCCCUUCAACUACUAAGAAGGCCAUCGACAGCUGAAGUCACUCCCAAUGUGGGGCAUGGAGCAGCUGUCUAUUGUUAUCCUGUUUGUUAUGAUGAUGUUAAAACAAAGCAAGGGAGAACAAUAGUGUGUAAACCACUAUAGGUUUCCAGCGGGGAGAAAACCAGGGCAUAAGAUAAACUAAUAAAUGGGUGUGGGGGGGUAAUAUAUGCCCUAAGAUAUAUAUUUUAUGUGUAUGUGUGUAUGUUUUAUGCAUUCAAAUCACUUAUGGUGAACUUGAGAAUUAAUGAGCUCCAAAAUAUCCCAACAACCUUGUUCAUGUAUUGCAAACUGAAGUCAAUCCACCACCUUUAGGGUCUUCUUCUUUUCCCUACUGCCUUCAAUUUUUCCUAGCAUUAUUGUCUUUUCUAGUGAGUCUUGUCUUCUCAUGAUGUGACCAAAGCACAAUCAUUUUAUCUUCAAGGGAGAAUUCAGGCUUGAUUUGGUCUGGAAGCCACUUACAUGUCUUUUUUGGAGUCCAUGGUAUAUGUAAAUUAAAACUUUCUUCCUACA